UCAGGGCAGCACCAGGACAAGCAUUUGGGGUGCCCUGGGCCUAUGGCCCCCUGCCCUUCCCAGCCCAUGGGCUCCAGGGCUGUGGCCAGCUGUCCAGCCUGGUUGGCCAGCGGGGACCGACUUGUUCCCAGGUCUGGAGCAGUGGCCGGCAGGAUGUGGCCUUGGCUGGGGCUGCAGGGUGGGGCCGACAGGGUGUCCAGUAUGAGUGCCAGCCUUGAGGAGUGAUUUCAGGGAAGUGGCCCAGCCAGGCAGCCAUGGCACUUGAACAGAGGAUGUUUCCGCUCUCAGGGACCAUCAGAGCAGGCCUCCCAGUCACCCUCCGUAGCCCUCUCAUCCUGGGAAAGAAAUGGCCCCAGGUGGCAUGGGUGGCUGGCCUAUCUGGGCCUUCUUGCUUCCCAGGCCCUAGAAGCAGCUUUGUGCGCAGUGAGCCGAGCUGGCGCCAGUCAAGCCUGCCCAGGGUCGCUGGUUGCAGGGAUUGGACUCAGAAGUCCCCUCCAGCCACAGUUGCCACAGUCACGGAUGUCCAGGCUGAUGAAGGCAGUGUGCUUGUUCCGCUGGGAGGGGAGGGAUUGGGAGCAUUGCCUGGAUGCAGUGGUAGCAGCCCAUGGGGUUUUAAGGGCUAAGUAGGAGUUUGUGGGCAUGUGGUGGUGGGCGCAGAGUUCCUUUUGGGAUCAGUAGCUCUGGAGUCUCUUGGAGCCCCACCCCAACAGGUUAGAAGAUGAGGCGAAUGUGACAUUUGCCAUUAUCCUGAUGCCUCCGCCUGAGGGUGGUGGCUGCCUUGGCCUUCCUCCCAAGGGGGUUCCAGGGCUUGCACCCCAGAGUCACACCACGGCAGACACCUGGAGCAAGAACAUUUACCCGGGGUGGCACGGAGGCUUGGAAACACAUGCCUAACGUUUGGCAUUCCUGGAAUCUGAGCAGAGCCCGGCAGAGCUCUGCAGGGCCUGGCAGGGCUUCUGGGGAGACAAAUGUCCCGUCGUCAGAUGCUUUGUGCACUGAGGCCCGGCGGGGGGGGGGCAGAGAGGUGCAAGGAGGCAGCCGUGCCCUGUUGUCCCCGCCCUGUCCCACUCUCCCCGUCUCCCUCCCUCUGCAGCUUGUCAGCUCCGUCCAGCUCCCAUCUUCACGGCUGCUGCCCUGGGGUUGCUCUGAGGGCUCCCUCCCGCCUGGCAGGAUUCUCGGGGCCCUGGAGUCUGACCCCAGGCUCCUCUGGUUUUCUAGCUGGUGAUUGGACCCUGGAGUCCCUCCUGUCUAGACACGGUUGUAACCAGAAAGCCCUAGCAGAGAGUAUGCUGGAGCCCAGGCCCUUGGGGAGCCCAGUACAGUCACAUGAAUGCUGGCUGUGCUGUUUGGCUGGGCCCUGGCUCUGCCCUGUGACCUCUGUGACCCUUGGCUCCCUCUCAGUGGUGUUUCCUGGCCUCAGAGAGAGGCAGCCCCAAGGUGGCCUGAGGCCGGGAGCAGGCCCUGGCUCCCCUGUCACCUACCCAGUGACCUUGGGCAGGCCCUGGCCCCUCAGGCCCAGGCAACCCUCUCCUCCUAUGGAGGCCUCCUCACUGCUCGAGGCCUUCAGGGCAGACUGGGGCAGCACUGGGGAGAGGCCGUGUGGUAGGCCAGUGUCUCCCAGAAGGUGGUGGCUGGUCAGGUAGGCCCAGUUCAGAUGCUGGGGAGACAUGGGGGCGUGGUACACAGGCCACACACAGCCUGGGAGGCCCCCAAGAUCAGGCCCCGCCUGAGGACAGCAGGUCCAGUUUUCCCUGGGCCAGGCCCUUGGAAAGGAGGAGGGAGUUGGGGAGGGAGAACGGAACCCUGGUUCUCUGGCAGGCCCCUUCCACCCAUGGCCUGUGGGCUCCAGGGAGAGCAUGGCCAGGGUGCCCAAGGAGAUGAGGAGGAGGCCCCUCAGGCUUGAUGACCUCUCCUGCUCACUAGGGUUUAUCAGCAUCAUUUAAGAUCAGCCCUGUGCUGUGGGUUCCUGGCGUGCUGUGGAUAACGCUAUGCCAGGGGUCAGCCCAGGCAUGAGGGGUGGAGACUAGGCUGGAAAGGGGAGGGGCUUGCAGAGGGCUGGGCUUUUCCAGAGGAUCAGGGUUCAGAACAGAGGUUUGGGGAGAGAAAGGGUUCAGAGAUGACCUGGGGUUCAGGCACAGGCAGACAGAAGGACCCCAAGCAGGACUGGCCUUCCAGACAGGAAAGAGGGUUGCGGAGACACAGGAGGCCAAUUUAGAGAGGCAGAGGAGAAAGGAGUUUCAUGGGAAGACAGGGCUUGGGGAGAGAUGAGGGAGGGAAACGGGGGCCGCCAUGCACCCUCAGCUUCCGGGGGACUUUGGAGAGGGUCGGGGCUCAGUGGGAGCCGGAGGCCCAGGGCCCCGACCAGUGCCCAGCCCCGCUGGGAGCCCCGGCCAGCACCACGGACGGCGCCCAGGAAGCCCGAGUCCCCCUGGACGGGGCCUUCUGGAUCCCGAGGCCCCCGGCAGGUUCGCCCAAGGGCUGCUUCGCUUGCGUGUCCAAGCCCCCCGCCCUGCAGGCUCCAGCGGCCCCUGCCCCUGAGCCCUCGGCCUCUCCCCCGAUGGCGCCCACACUGUUCCCCAUGGAGUCCAAGAGCAGCAAGACCGACAGCGUGCGGGCCACCGGCGCGCCCGCGGCCUGCAAGCACCUAGCCGAGAAGAAGACGAUGACCAACCCCACGACCGUCAUCGAGGUCUACCCGGACACCACCGAGGUGAACGACUAUUACCUAUGGUCCAUCUUCAACUUCGUCUACCUCAACUUCUGCUGCCUGGGCUUCAUCGCCUUGGCCUACUCCCUCAAAGUGCGAGACAAGAAGCUUCUCAAUGACCUGAAUGGAGCCGUGGAGGAUGCAAAGACGGCCCGGCUGUUCAACAUCACCAGCUCUGCCCUGGCAGCCUCCUGCAUCAUCCUCGUCUUCAUCUUCCUGCGGUACCCCCUCACCGACUACUAAGGCCUGCCAGGCACAUCCGCUGGUGGAGACAAGCACUGAGACAUGUUUAUUCUCAUGGUCCCUGAAACGCAGGAUCCCAUGAGGUUGGGGCAGGGCAGAGCUUCUUGUCCUGGGGCUCCCUUGAGCUGUGAACCGGGCAGCAAGGCCAUCAGAAGCUGAGUACAGCAAGGGGGCAGUGAGCUUGGCCCUCAGCCCACCCCCUCCGCCUCCUGGCCUCCGCCCUGCCUGUGUCUGGGGCCUGGGGGCUUCUCCCCUCACUGCUGCACCCUGGCUUCCAGUGUCUGUGUCCCUGCCCUCACGUGCCCCUUCCCAGGCUCCUGGGGCUCUUUGGACCUGACACCUAGCAGGAAGGGCUUAGGCAAAAGUGUCCCAGGAUGAGACGACUCACUCUAUGCUCCCUGUCCCUGCCUCCUCCACGCUGUGACCCUGCUCAGAGCCCUCGUGUCUGUGAACUUUCAAUGAAAUACCCAUGCAGCUCCA